AUGACGUGCCGGAUCCUGCUAACUGAGAGCAUCACAGAGGAGCUUCCUUUUAAGGGCCAGCAGAAGGGGAAGAAAGCCUCCCGCGAAACGGAGGCGUAUACUGUGAUCUUGCGUAAGGGUUACUACUUUAUUAUAGCUCUCCUUCUAUCAGAGGCUUAUAAAAUUGCAAAUGAAUCCCGGCUAACAGAUCGCCGCUGUGUUGAGGAUGCCUUCAAUGACACCUUCAAGAAGGUCUACGACAGGCAUUUCAGAAGAUGCAUUAAGGCUGACAAAGGAAAAACUUCUGUUGGUAAGUGA